AUGAAGACGCUGUUGGUACUGGCGGGACUCGUGGCCCUGGCAUUGUCAGGUGCCGUACCACAACAACAGUUCAACUACAAGACUAAAACUGUCGACGCCGAGUUUGCGGCGAAACAGAAGAAAAUAUUUGAUCUUUUCUUCGCACCCCACCAAAUCGACACAGAUGCGGAAUAUUACAAAAUUGCUAAGGACUACAACAUUGAAGCGAACGUUGAAAAUUACACAAACAAGAAGGCUGUAGAGGACUUCUUGGUGUUGUACAAAUAUGGAUUCCUUCCAAAAAGUCACGUUUUCUCUAUUUUCUACGACAAACAGAGGGAUGAAGCCAUCGCUCUAUUCUACCUGUUCUAUUAUGCCAAAGAUUUCGAAACCUUCUACAAAACUGCCGCCUAUGCACGUGUGUACUUUAACGAAGGUCAAUUCCUGUAUGCGUACUAUAUCGCUGUUCUUCACCGUGCAGACACUAAAGGAAUAAUUCUUCCUGCUCCUUACGAAAUUUACCCCGAUUUCUUUAUUAACACAGAUGUUUCCUACAGAAUGUUCCGCACUAAAAUGCAAGGCGAAAUUUUCAAUCCUGCUGAUGCUGCUGAGUACGGCGUUGUCCGUGAAAACGACUACUAUGUAUAUUACAGUAACACCUCUAGCUACUGGUCUUACGGUGAUGAAGACAAGUUGUCUUACUUCACUGAAGACAUUAGCUUAAACUCUCACUACUACUUCUUCAACUCUUAUUUCCCAUUCUGGAUGAAAGGAGAUAUUUUCCAAGAAUGGAAAGAACGUCGUGGUGAAAGUUAUUUCUUCUUUUACAAGCAGUUGCUUGCCCGAUACUACUUAGAACGUCUUUGCAAUGGACUGGGUGAAAUUCCUGAGUUCUCGUGGAGUAAACCAAUCAAAUCUGGUUACCUUCCUUUCCUAACUUAUUACUAUCCUUUCAUUCAACGACCUGCCUACUACCAAAUACCUUACGAAAGCAAUAUUCAAGAGUUACAGUUCCUUGACACAUAUGAAAAAACUUUCUUGCAAUAUCUCGAGAGAGGCCGCUUCAAGGCUUACAACCAAGAAGUUGACUUCAGCAACUCAAAGUCUAUUAACUUCGUUAGCAACUUCUGGCAAUCAAAUGCUGAUUUAUACGAGAAGUUUGGACCUAGAAACUAUCUCCGCUCCUAUGAAGUCAUUGCUCGCCGCCUUUUGGGUGCUGCUCCGGAAUCAGUUGACAAAUACACCUACCUACCAACAGCGCUUGACUUCUACCAAACGUCUCUCCGUGAUCCAGUUUUCUACCAACUUUACAGCAGAAUUUUGAAAUACUUUAUUCAAUACAGGGAAUACGUUCCAACAUACACUAAAGACAUGCUUCACUACAUCGGAGUUAAGAUAAAUGAUGUUAAAGUUGACAAACUUGUCACAUUCUUUGACUACUUUGACUUUGAUGUUACCAAUGGCGUAUACUUUUCACCUGAACAACUGAAAACCUACAAAUUCACUCCCUUCAAAGUGCGCCAGCCACGCCUUAACCAUAAACCGUUUACUGUUACCGUCGAUGUUAAGUCCGACGUUGAAGGCGGUGCUGUAUUCAAGAUUUUCAUGGGUCCUAAAUACAACGGUGAAGGCUAUCCAAUCAGCUUGGAAGAUAACUGGAUGAACUUUGUUGAGCUGGACUGGUUCGUUGAAAAGUUGAAUGUUGGACAAAAUAAGAUUGAGCGUAGCUCAAGCGACUUCUUGUUAUUCAAUGAAGAUACAGUUCCAAUGACAGAAGUCUACAAGCUCCUUGAACAAGGCAAAGUUCCUGCUCACAUGUCUACUGAAACAGGCUUUAUGUCCUCCAGAUUGAUGCUACCCAAGGGAACAAAGGGAGGAUUCCCCUAUCAGUUCUUCGUAAUGGUUUAUCCCUACCAGGGUACGGAAAAUGUAACCAAGCCCAGUGCAAGCUUUAGAAUUGAUAACCAACCAUUCGGUUAUCCAUUCGACCGCCCAGUAAACGAGGCUUACUUCAUGCAACCAAACAUGUACUUCAAGGAUGUAUUUGUGUACCACGAAGAUGACAUUUUCCCAUACCAGUACUCGUAUCCCUACUAUGUAGGUCAAGAAACAAAAUUCAUGAAGUACUAA